GCCGAGUCAGCAGAAAAGCGCCAGAGCUCAUGGCGGACGUCGCGCAGAGUUUUGAGGUUGGGUCCGGAGCGUCGAGCACAGCCAGACUGCGGCAUCCGAUAGCCGCUUUCUUUCACGUCUUUUUUCGCGCCUCUGCGCUGGUGGUGUACCUGAUCCUCUCCUUCUUCUUCUCGGACUCGUUCGUGGAGCUGUUCAUAUCGGUCAUUAUCCUCCUGGCCUUCGACUUCUGGACCGUCAAGAACGUGACGGGUCGGCUCCUGGUCGGGCUCCGAUGGUGGAACAAAGUCAAAGACGACGGGUCCAGCGAAUGGCUGUUCGAAGCAAAGCAGACAAACACGACGUAUUGGGAGGCGGUGAUAUUCUGGACGGCGCUGAUUGUUUUUCCGGCACUGUGGAUUCUGUGUCUCUUUACUGCCAUCCUCAAGUUCAGCUGGACCUGGGCGAUCAUUCCACUAGCAGGGAUUGCACUGAACGGCUCCAACUUGGUAGGCUAUGUCAGAUGUAAGAGAGAUGCCCGGGCUAGGAUAACAGCCAUGGCUGGAAAGUUUAUUGGGAGACAGAUUGUCAGUCAGACUCUCAACGCAGGAGAACAGACAUAGUUUUUACAAAAUCCCAUUUAUGUGCAGUGAUGACACUCAUCAUUAUUCACUCCCCGCGGCCCGCGCGCGUAUUAUAAGCGCGUAUGCGCUAACGCUAAAAAACGAUCGGUGUGUUCAGAGGAAGAGGCAGCGGAGUGGCAGAGAAAAUGGCGACCCAGUCUGGCUCCGCGAGCGUGGAGGAGUGCGAAGAGUACAUCGAGAAGCACGGGAUACAGGGCCUGCUGAAAGAGUGCAUCGCCAAAAUAUGCCAGGAGCAGCCGCCUAACCCGUACAAAUGGCUGGCUGCCUACUUCACCGCCCUAGACACGAAGAAGGAGGUUCAGGAGGUAUCUGACAUGCCCCCACAGAGGACCAGAGCCCGGCGAGGAGCUGUGAGUGCCAGCGUCAUGACUGAAGAACAGGCCACUAGCUACGUCAAGAAGGUCAUUCCAAAGGACUACAAGACCACGCAGGCUCUGCAGGCAGCCAUUGCUAAGAACAUUCUGUUCUCUCAUCUGGAGGAUGAUGAGAGAAGAGAUAUAUUUGAUGCCAUGUUCAUGGUAAAGCACGAGGCAGACGAAAUCAUCAUUCAACAAGGGGACGAAGGAGACAACUUCUAUGUCAUUGACUGUGGGGAAGUGGCAAUCUAUGUGAAUGAGCAGUACAUGGGAGACAUCAGUGGCAGCGGCAGCUUUGGAGAACUGGCUCUCAUCUACGGCACCCCUAGAGCAGCCACCAUCAAGGCCAAGUCAGCCGUGAAGCUGUGGGCCAUAGACCGGGACACCUACAGGAGGAUCCUCAUGGGCAGCACCAUCAGAAAGAGGAAGAUGUAUGAGUCGCUCCUCGAGAAGGUGUCCAUUCUUGAGAGCCUGGAUAAGUGGGAGCGACUGACUGUGGCCGAUGCCCUGGAGCCCUGUACAUUCAUGGACGGGGACAACGUGGUGAUUCAGGGAGACGAGGGAGAGGAUUUCUUCAUCGUCGUUGAGGGCAAAGCUGUUGUGCUGCAGCGGAAGACUGAAGAUGGAGAGUCGGUCCAGGUCGCCAGACUCGGCCCUUCGGAGUACUUUGGUGAGAUUGCCCUACUGUUGAAGAGGCCUCGAGCGGCCACUGUCAAGGCCGAGGGAACCCUCAAGUGCGUCAAACUCGACCGAGCUAGAUUCGAGCGGGUGCUCGGCCCCUGUCAGGAGAUCCUCAAGCGAAACAUUGAGAAAUACAACAGCUUUGUGCAGCUCUUUGUGUGAGCGCUGCCAGCCUGCCUCCCUGGCCCCAUCAGAAACUCCAGCUCAUUUUUGACUCGAUCUCUGUAGCAUAUAAUAUUAUAGGAUAGCAAAAUAAUGCCUGCUACAUUGUAAUACUCUGACAGAUUUGUUAUUAUUUGGACAGUUCAGUAAGAGUUUACCCAUGAUACAUAAUGUAUGCACUUUCAAGUCAUUAUAAUUAUGUACGACGUCAUGAUUUCAAUUUUAUAAGUUACAUGCAAUUGAGUAAGUUUGUGGCUUCACAUUAUCUAAAAUCCUGGUUUAAGAUACUCCAAGUUAUCCUGCGUGUCAUAAUCGUUUUAGCCUUGCUUCCCCUGCCUUGAAACCUUGUUCUUUUCAAGCUUGUAUAUAUACAGAUUACAGAGUUAGG